AUGCCAGCUAAUGGUGGAAGACUCAGCGCAGUCGCAAGGCGACGGCUCUUGCGGGAUGUGCAGGAUGCUGCGUCGAGUCCCGGCCAAGUAACUCCUCCCCCAGUAUCAAAAGCCGGUCUGAGUGAGGCUCCACCCCUUGAUCAGGUUGUGGACAAUGGCAGCUUGUCUGAAGAUGAGGGAAUACGGACCCCGAACCAGUUUGCAACGCUGGUCGAAGCUUCGGCAGUCCAUUUCAGCUCGACUCGGGAAAUCGAGCAAUUGACUGAUAGGUCAGUCAAGAUCAAACUCUCGCGAGGCCAGAAAUGUGUUGCGUUGGGAACAUAUACUCUCUGGGUUAAGCAAGGAUCCGUCUCCCUCUACGGUGCGAUCCUUACUGCCGCGACGGCCAUCCAUCGCAUCUAUGCUCCCGCUACGCAUACACUUCCCUCCAUUGAAGCCGUGAGCUCGAGUGCCGAAGUUCAACUUGAAUCUCUCAAUGACGGGGUCAGAAAUCUUCCGUACAUCGGACUCAGAGGGAUGUGGACUCCCUUUGGCGUCAAGCCGUCGGCUGCGACUUUCUACGUGCUGGGUCAUUCUUUCGAGCAAGACCCGAAGGCUCCCAGACGCCUGAAAGACUUGGACAUCACCGGCUGGAAAUCGCUACUGACAGGACUUUCAGACGAUGAUACAACCAAGCCACGAAGAGUCUUAAUGUGCGGCAAACGUUCGUCAGGACUUUCGACCUUGAUUCGGUGUGUCUUCAACCGAAUCCUUGCCAAACAAUCUGCCAGACCAGAUGCUACUCAUCAAAAAGGAGUCAUACUGUUGGAUCUAGACACGAAUAUGCCAGAGUUUGCUCCUCCGGGGAUGAUCAGCCUAGUGCAUAUUGCGAUUCCUGUUUUUGGUCCAUCGUUCACCAACAUCCUGCCAUCCUCCCGAGAAGGAUCCAUUCAGAUAUUGGCAAAGCAUUUCCUUGGCGAUCUAGAUGCAAGAGAUCUGGCAAACUGGCACUUUGAUCGCAUUUUUGACUUACUGGAUGCUGAACAGAAAUGUCGUGCCGAAUUCGAGGGUGCACCAGUCCUUGUUACAUACCCCAAGUGGCUAAAUGGCAUCGACAACACUAUGGCGAGCAAGCUCUGGGCAAAGCUAUCUCCGUCGGAUAUUGUCUGUCUUGACUCUACUCCAGACUCGCCUCAUUUAGAGCCCUGGAAGCUACUAGCAGAGGCGGGGAAUUGUCGUAUACACCAAAUUCCGGCUCAGGUGUUUGACAAGACGUCUCCAGUGAGGGAGCAUGACCUGCAAAUGCAGUCAUACUUCCACCUGAGAGACACACCUAUCAAUCGGCCAUACUGGGACGACACCCCUGUUUUAGUGACAAGGACUUACUCUAUGGCCCUGACGUAUGGUGGGAAUGCCGCGAACGUAUCGGCGAUCAUGCUGCUAGGCGGCCAUGUUGCACCUGAGGACACAUACGAUGCGCUGGAGGGAAGUAUCGUUGCUGUUCUGGCGCUCACUCCCCAUGCAGUCCCAAAAGCGCCAGGUGAUCUCAUCGCAAACAGUAACGACAGCCAUCGAAGCGGGAUAUAUCGGACGGAGGAAGAUCUGCCGCUUUGGCGAGAGCACGGCGAUCUGGAAAGUUCCUUUCCGUUUCCGGCAGAGUGUUCUCGAUGCUUGGGGCUCGCCAUUGUACAGGAGAUCGACAUCCCCAAAAGGAAGAUCACUCUGAUCACUGCAGCCGAACUGCAGGUGCAUGAAAUCCAGGAACAAGGUCACCCUGUGGCGCUCGUGGUGCCAAAAGCAACGACAGACGGAAGGUUCAAGACGGACUGGGCGCAAAGGGAAAUGCACCUGAAAAAGAACGACAGCUUGGUGCGGUAG